GCUGACUCUGCCCCUUCGUUCCGGCGGCUGCUCGAUGGGUACUGGCGCCAUCUUAAUUCUCGGGAGGGAGCCGUGACUUGUGGCGCCGUGUGGGCGAGGUUUUACUCCCAGAAACUCUAAUGAUGGAUUCCACAGACCAAAAACCUAUCUGUGUACUACCAGAAGAAAGUGGCAAUGUAAGCAAAUUGGAUAGCUGUUCAAAGGAAAAGAAAUCGUCCGACAAUGUGAAAGAUAUAGAUGAAGAGUGCCCAUCUGGAGUUUCUCUGCAAUUAUGGAAAAAAUUUCAGGAGUUGAAAGAACGAAGGAAUGCCAUAAACAAAUUUUCAUUUAAAAAGAGAGCGAGACGGAAACGAAAAAUUGCUGGUGCAGAAAGCCUGACAAACGUGGGAGGGAAUAGUGAGGACCCUUCCAUCAAAUCGCAGAAAUCUAAGCAAGAGCAGGAAUCUGAGGCUGAAAGCAGCCAGCUAGCCACGAGAGAGGCCCACUGGAAUGAACUAAGGCAAUAUUUUGGAGCAGAUGAUAGAUUUAAGUCUCCUGCUUGCAGCACAUUGCUUUCAAAGACAAAUCUGGAAAAAAACCUUGACAAGGCCAUUGCCACAGGGGAUAUAGAUGAAGCAGAACGGUUGAGUGACAACCUUGCUGUUCGUAAGCUGGGUGUGCAAAUUGCAAAGGCUGUUGAUUGUCGUGAUUUUGCAAAAGCCAAGCAAGAGGCUGAGGCUUCUCAGCAGGCCCCAAAGAAGAAGCAACUUGCAUGGGGAUUUGAAGCAAAGAAAAGAUGGGAAACAAAAAGUAACAUGGGCUAUAUGUGAAGUCAUGACACAGGAUGAAAAUUAAGUGAGCAUUGAGAUGUGAAACACUUGACCUGCACUUGCACUCUCAAUCCAAUCUCAAGGGAGUCAUCUGGAAACACUUUACAAGAAUAUAACAAUGAUUGUGCCCUGCUGCUUCCAUAGCUGCACAUUAACCGAUUGAGAAUGAUUUAGCCUUCAAGUGCUUAAAAUUUGAACAUGGUCAAGGAGCUUGAAAGAGGAUUUUGCCAUUCUAUAAAUAACCUUAAGCAGGCCCCGUCGUAUCUUUUGGUGACACAAUUUCGUAACAUGAACAGUAAAAUGAUAAUUAUUUCUGCCUGCUCACAAGCUCAGCCACUGUGAGCUCUGCUUACCACCGGAAGGCUGUAUUUUCAAGCUUCGAGAUUCUCUGUGAGUUAGAAUCGUCGCCUACGUGAGGUGAACUUUAUCUGUCCCUGUAUUGCCAUGUCAUGGGCAUUCCACUCUGAAGAAAGGAAAAACUGCACUGCGUUUCUUGAACUCCUAUCUUUACCACUCAGUCACUGAAAUUAAAAGUGUUAGAAGAUUGCUGUGGAAAAGAAUAUUCAAUCAUCUGACUGGAAUAUUAAGCAUGAAGAACUUUUUUUCUCAUUAAAUAAUUGCUUCAGUUUAGCAUGUUCCAGAUAACCUGUUUAUACAUAUUAUGUGCACUAUUUCAGCAAGAUAUAGAUUGAUCAAAUUGUUAUACUUCCUUCUAUAACAAGCAUAUUUUGUUGGUUUGAUGUAUUUUUUGCCAACCUACCCUUUUCUGCAUAUAAGUUGGAAAUAAUAUUUUGUGUGGUUGGGGUGGGGGGGGGGGGGGGUAGAAUUAUACCAUGUAUUUAUGUUAAUAAAAAUACCUUUUCCCCUGUCA